AUGGCAGACCACACAGACUCGCUCACCGUCCACGGCGAGCACGGCACAACCAUCUUCACCCUCUCAGGCCCAACCCUCGUCGUCCACCGCGCCUCCGAUAGUGAGUUCCAUUCACCCCCCGUGCGCGUAUCUCCUCACGGGGGCCCCACAGAGAAAUGGCCGCGCAUAGAAACAACCGUGAGACAUGUCUUGUGGGCCGAGGUCAAAGAGAACCUCUUCGAGAUCGCCCUCGUCGCAAGGCGGAAGAACUCACACCCGCUCUCGCUCGUGCUCGUCGCUGGCACCGUCAAGUCUGACCAACUCGAGAUAGCCACCGCAUUCACUACAUCAUUGAUGGAUGUUGCUUAUGCUGGAAUAAGGCGCCAAAGGAGGCUUCGAGUCCUCGUGAACCCAAAGAGCGGUCCAGGGAAUGGUAUCGGGCUCUACCACAGAAAGGUUGAACCCAUAUUCCGCGCUGCCCAUUGUCAUGUGGAACUCACACUCACCACCCAUCACGGACAUGCAUAUGAACUCAUGAAGACAUUAGAUCUUGGGCAGUACGAUGCUAUCGUCGUAGUGUCCGGAGAUGGCCUCGUCCAUGAGAUUAUCAACGGUUUUGCGGAGCAUGCUCGACCAGAAGAGGCAUUUCGUCUCCCAAUUACACCCGUUGCCGGUGGUUCGGGAAACGCUCUAGCGUUGAACAUCUUAGGUCCCAAGGAGGGCUGCGAUAUAUGUGCAGCUGCCCUCAAUGCUGUGAAAGGUCGUCCUAUGCGUAUCGACUUGUGCUCAGUAACACAAGGCGAAAAGAAGACUUUGUCUUUCAUUUCGCAGUGCGUUGGCAUGUUAGCUGAUGUGGAUCUGGGCACCGAACAUCUGCGUUUCUUGGGUUCAAACCGGUUUGUCCUUGGAUACGUCUACGGAGGUGAUAUAUUUUCAUGA